ACCCUCUCUCUCCUCUACUCUCACUCCCCAAUCUUUUUUCCUCCGCCGCUGCAACUGCAUGCCUCCUGCCUCCUGCCUCCUGCCUCCGCCGCCGCCGCCUUCCUCCCCACUUCUUAAAGCUACUCCCUGUCGCUGUCGUGGGUUUCCACUUUCCACCUUUGACAGGGACAGCUUGACUCCAUUGGGAGCUGUGAAAAAUGAAAUGAUUCUACAUAUUGGGUGUCACCCUUUUGAUGUUGAAAGCAGCAACUUGGACUUCACCAAGAUAUGGGACAGCAGUGAUUUUUGUCUAACCCCAGGAGUUAAGAGGAGACAAAUCUUUGGCAGAAUUAGGCGAAGAAGUGCUAGGCGUGCAGUGUUAGGCGAAAGUGCUAGGCACACAAUGCUUGGCAGACCAGGAUGCUCUGCUGAGGCCACUAAAGAAGUGUACUCUAAUCAGACCACCGGACCAGGAUGCACUUAUUUGACCUUCCUUAGGAAGGUGGGCUUUUUUGCCUAUAUCAUGAAGAGAGAGAUUAGAGAAGAAAGAGAGGCUUGUUAGGGUGCAGGGAGCAUACUCCUCUUCGGCUUCACCAUGCCGACUGAGGGCUUUGAGCCAAUUCUAUGUACAAAUUGUAAUCUCAAAUUCUACAAAUACAUAAACAGGCUACAAUGUUGUAGCCCUGUUUAUGGCGAACCAAUAUAUUUUUGUGUUCAUCUUA